AUGAAAGAAAUACACGAUCAUUCUUUUUCAGAUAAAUCACUUAAGCGAGUGAUUAAAAGUAACGCCAAAAACAAGACUGAAGCCGUUCCUGACUUUAUACAGAAAUUGUUUCGCAUGUUGGAAAAUCAAGCAUUUCAAGAUGUGUUUUGCUGGAGUCCUUCAGGCAAUAGUUUUCUUGUCAAGGACACGAAUGAAUUCUCUAAAACAAUACUCCCUAAACAUUUUAAGCAUUGCAAUUUCGCUAGUUUUGUACGCCAACUGAAUAAAUAUGAUUUCCACAAGAUACGAAGUCAUGCAGAUGAAAAUCAUAAAUUAUACGGUGAUCAAAUUUGGGAAUUUGAACAUUCGCACUUUAAAAGAGACAGAAGAGAUUUAUUAGAAGAAAUCAAACGCAAAACACCAGGCAAAAAGAAGCCUUCAGAAGAACCUUUGUCUUGUCCUCCUUCACCUCCAUUAGAUAACACACAACAUCUGUUAGAAUUCACUCGACAGCUUCAAUCGCAAGUAGAUCAAUUGAAACAGACACAAAUCGAGUUAGAAACAACCUUGACUCAACUCAACACAAAAGAGAAAUUAAUUUUAACUGAGCUUUCUGAAUUCCAAAAGUGUCUGAGAACAAAAGAUGAAUUAAUACAAGAAUGUCUUUUACAUAAAAAACAAGAAGAGACACCAAUGAAAAUAGAACCUCAAUGGCAGUCUGAACCAAAUGCCAUGACAGAUUUAAUACUUCAAACACCUCUUGUAGACACAAAAGACAAUCUUUAUUUAUCACCACAAGUGCCUUAUGAUAAAGGAAAGAAGAAGAUGGUUGCCAACUGGGCGACACCCCCACGUGUGUUACUCGUGGAUGAUGAUUCAGUCUAUCGGGAUGUAAGCGGACGCAUGUUGACCAUGGUCGGCUGUUCAAUUGAUUUGGCCAAAGACGGAUUAGAAGCAUUACAGAAAAUGAGUAUCAACAAAUAUGAUUUGAUUUUGAUGGAUAUAGUCAUGCCUAAAAUGGACGGCAUUGCCACAACACGCAAUAUUCGUCGUUAUGACUCUGUUACACCUAUUGUGUCAAUGACUUCAAAUUAUAACCAUAAUGAUAUUAUGGAAUACAUUGGCAUUGGUAUGAAUGAUAUCCUCCCUAAACCCUUUUCAAAAAAUACGCUGUAUGACAUUCUAGAGAAGCACUGUGGCCAUCUUAAAGACGAUAUUCCCAGACCAUCGAUUGAUAAUACCCCUUCUACUACACCUAAUAAUUCACCUACAACUUCAAAUGAUUAUUGGUCCGAAAGAAAGUUGGCUUGGUCCAACAAACGACAGAAACACGACUUGUAUCAUACGCCUCCUUAUUAA